UUAAGGAUUAUUUUUUUCGUAUUGCUCUAAGGAUUAUUUUCAAAGAUUUGCUGAAAGUGGGGGAAAAAAUAUAGGCCCUUUGAGUUUGAAGUCCGAGGUUUAUAAUGGAACUGUCCCUUCUUUGGUAUCAACUACAUAUUCAUGGACAAAGGUAGAUGGCGAGCAUAAUAUUCUUGGAUCAGCCUGUUGGAGCUGGCUUCUCAUAUUCAAGAACUCCACUUAAUAAAACUACUGACACAAAUGAAGUUAAGAUCAUAUAUGAGUUUCUUCAAAAGUGGCUAAGCAAGCAUCCACAAUAUUUGUCCAAUCCAUUUUAUGCUACUGGAAGUUCUUAUGCCGGUAUGAUUGUUCCGGCCCUCGUUGACAAAAUCUCAAAAGGAAACUAUAUAUGUUGCAACCCUCCUAUAAACAUACAGGGUUAUGUGCUCGGAAACCCAAUGACACAUUAUGACAUUGAACAAAACUCUCGUAUUCCAUUUGCUCAUGGAAUGUCACUUAUCUCUGAUGAACUCUACACGUCAUUGAAGAGAUUUUGCAGAGGAAAUUAUUUCAGUGUGGAUCCAAGCAACACAAAAUGUUUGGAGCUUGUUGAAGAAUUCCAUAAGUGCAUUGACGACCUAAAUAUAUAUAAUCCAUUGAUACCAGAUUGCGAGGACCCAGCAGAUACACAAAAUAUAUCUCCUGAUUGCUAUUAUUACAAGUAUCAUCUCCAAGAACGAUGGGGCAACACAGAGAGCGUUCGCAAAGCUCUUCAAAUCAAAAAGGGGAGCAAAAGAGAAUGGGUGCGAUUCAAUCGUAAGAUACCAUACGAUCACGACAUUUAUAGCAAUAGUAUACCAUACCAUAUGAAAAACAGCGUUAACGGCUACCGGUCUCUUAUCUUCAGUGGUGAUCAUGAUAUGGCAUUGCCUUCCAUUGGAACUCAAGCCUGGAUAAAAUCUCUCAAUUAUUCCAUCACUCAUGACUGGAAGCCUUGGAUGAUAAACAAUCAAAUCGCUGGAUACGCGAGAACUUAUUCCAACAAGAUGACAUUUGCUACUGUCAAAGAAAGUGGACACACGCCAGAGUAUCUACCAGAAGAGACCUCUAUCGUGUUCAAAAUGUGGCUCAGUGGCCAACUUUUGUAAUAGAGCCUCAUGCCC